AAAACGUGCUUUUAGCGUAGUUAUUGUUUAUUAGCAGCAAAAUGCCACAAGGUAAAUUUAAGAAAGCUAAGUUACCGGCUGCCAUACAAAACAAGAAGAAACAGCAGAAACAAGCAGCCUUCACACGUCGAUCAAAUGCUCCCAUCCAAGCGAAGAAAGGCAAAUUCAAUGAAACGCAAAAAAUUAAGGCGGUCAUUUCAAAAUCGGUUAACAAAAGUGUCGAAAGCGAGCUCCGUUCGCGUGCCCACGAAGGAUACAUACAGCUCAGCAAAGCCCAAGAAGCCGUCGCCAAACAUCAUGCAACACAGGCAGCGGCAGCAGCAGCCGCCAGCACCAGCAAAACUGGGCAAUAAAUAUUACCUAGUCUUACUUAGUUUAAUUUCCUUAUAAUUAAAUAAUGUUACAUUUUACAACAUUA